GCUGCCACGCAGGCCGCGGCAGGCUCCUACCAGUACGGCCUUGGGGUGCCUGGCGGCGCUGAUGUUCAGUUCAAGGCGUUGCAAGAAGCUGUGCACGAUAGGCCGGGCAGCGUGCUGGUGGCGGUGGACGUGCCCAACGCGUUCGGCACGCUUGCGCGCCGGGGAGUCAUCGCAUCUUUGCGAGGAGCACUCCCUGAGUACGGGAGCCUGCUUGCGAGACUCUACGCCAGGCCUGCUGUGGGGCUGUGGCGCGAUGGCGCCGGUAACACGCAUGAGCUGCGCACCGGCGCCAGGGUGCCGCAGGGGUGCCCGCUGAGCCCGGCAGCGUUUGCGGCCACUUUGCACCAGCUGGCGCUACAGCACUUCUCUGCCAAACCGCAGUGGCUCGUCACCGCCUACCUGGACGACGUCGUUGCUGUGGUGCCGAGCGCGAAGGCAGAAGAGUACCUGCGACAGUUGUCCAGGCUGCUGGGCCCAGGCGGUCUUGUGCUGGACCCACGCAAGAUGAAG